AUGACCUGGGGAAACUGGACAACUGUUAGGGAAUUUAUUCUUGUGAGCUUCUCAACAUUGUCCUAUGAGCUACAGGCUCUAUUAUUUCUCUUGUUUUUGAUCAUUUACCUAGUCACACUCAUGGGCAAUGUUCUAAUCAUCCUGGUUACUACAGCUGACUCUGCCCUGCAAAGCCCUAUGUACUUCUUUCUCAGAAACUUAUCCUUCCUGGAAAUAGGCUUCAACUUGGUCAUUGUUCCCAAAAUGUUGAGUACUUUGAUACUCCAAGACAAAACCAUCUCCUUCCUUGGCUGUGCCACUCAGAUGUAUUUCUUCUUCUUCUUUGGGGCUGCUGAGUGCUGCCUCCUGGCCACAAUGGCAUAUGACCGCUAUGUGGCGAUCUGUGAUCCCUUGCGCUACCCAGUAAUUAUGAGCCGCAAGUCCUGUGCCCAGCUGGCAGCUGCCUCUUGGUUCGCAGGGUUCCCAGUGGCCACUGUGCAAACUACAUGGAUUUUCAGUUUCCCUUUUUGUGGUCCCAACAGGGUGAACCACUUCUUCUGCGACAGUCCCCCUGUCAUAGCCCUGGUUUGUGCUGAUACUUCACUAUUUGAACUGGAGGCUCUAACAGCUACUGUCCUAUUCAUCCUCUUUCCUUUCUUAUUGAUCCUGGGUUCCUAUGUCCGCAUCCUCUCCACCAUCUUCAGGAUGCCUUCAACUGAGGGGAAACACAAGGCCUUCUCCACUUGCUCCUCCCAUCUCCUGGUUGUCUCCCUCUUCUACAGCACUGCCAUCCUCAUGUACUUCAGGCCACGCUCCAACACCUCCCCUGAGCACAAGAAAAUGGUGUCGCUCUCCUAUACAGUCAUCACGCCCAUGUUGAACCCCAUCAUCUACAGCUUAAGGAAUAAUGAGGUGAAGACUGCACUGAGACGGGUCAUUGGCAGAACUCUGAAUCCUCGGAAACUGUGA